UAAAGCUUUUUUAAGGGGGAAAAAAGAAGAUGGGCGGGGCCUCUGGUGACGUCACCGUCAUCCGGUAUUUUGUAUUGUUUUGGCGGGGUUCACAACUGUUUCGGAUAUUCGAUUCAACUUGUAAACAUUCGCGUUUUACCGAGGAAACAUGGAGCGUUCGAGGAUGAGUCGAGCAGCGAGCAGCAGGCUGUCGGAGCUGCCUCUGCGAGUGCAAGACAGCAACAGGAUGAGCAUGGUGUAUACAACGCCCCAGAACAAGCAGCCUUCAUUUGGAAAGCUCAACAUACCCAAACCACAGUCUGUGACCUCUGAGAGGCGGACCAGCUUCUUUGGUGCACGCAGGACCAGUGGAGCCAGCAUGUCUCGCAACAGCAUGAUGUCAGGAUUUGGAGGAACCGAGAAGAUGAAAGAUGCUCGACCGCUGCAUGAUAAAUCCUAUGUACAGCAAUGUAUCAGGCAGCUACAUGAGUUCCUGACUGAGCAGGGUUACCCUGGCACACUGUCAUCCAAGACCCUCCAAUCUCCCUCAACAAAGGAGUUUGUGAAGAUGUUUGAGUUCAUCUACCGCCAGCUAGACCCAACUUUUGAGAUGCCGAACUCAAAAGUGGAGGAGGAGGUUCCAGCUAUCCUCAAAGCUCUGAGGUAUCCAUUUGUUCUCUCUAAGUGUUCGAUGUAUUCUGUUGGAGCUCCCCAUACCUGGCCUCAGGCCCUCGCUGCUCUAAUGUGGCUGAUCGAUAACGUCAAGAUCAAGUGGAGUUCGAGUAAGCAGGAGCUGCUGUUCACUGACUUCUGUGAAGACAGUGACAAUAUUGAAGAGGGAGCUGAGUACAACAAGCUCUUUGUGGACUACACAGCUGAGACUUACUCCAAGUUCAUGCAGGGUGACGACACAUUUGAGGAUGAGGAUGAAACAUUUCUCAUUAAACUAAAGAGGCUGUACAACGUUGAUGAAGCUGUGCUGGCCACGAUGGAGGAGAAGUACAAAAUACUGAGUGAUGAGGUUGAACGACUGGAGAAGGAGAACCAGACGGACCGUCUUAUGAACAAGAGGAUGGAGAGAAUGAAGCGGCAGGCAGACCUCAAGCAGCUCCAGAGUUAUUCAGUCAGCCUGGAGUCCUUUAAAACCAACCUGCAAAAUAAAGCUUCAGAGCUGAGUGAUGAGCUGGAGCACACCGUCAGUCAUCUGGACACUCUGAAACAUGAGCGAGAUGAGCUGCAACACCGUCUGCAGAACCAGAAGUUUACUCCAGCAGAUGUGGAGAGGAUCAACAGAGAGAAGAGAGAGCUCCAGCAGACCAUCACUACCCUCAGCAAGUCUCUUGAAGAUGCUGAACAGCACAAGUGGAAUGAGGAGAUUGCUUAUGCCAAAUUGAAAGACAAGGCGGAGCUGAAGCUAGCAGAGUACCACAAGCUGGCACGUAAACUGAAGCUGAUCCCGGUGUCUGCAGAGAACGCCUGUGGACACGAUUUUGAGAUCAGGCCUUUUGAAUAUGGACCCGGUAGCAUGGUUCAGCACAAAACACAGAUACAGAUGCUUCUGAGAAAGCUGAUCAGUGAUGUGGAGGAGGAGAACAGUCGGUUUGCCAACAUGAAGCUCAGUCUAGAGGAGUCUUCAGAACAGGUGAAUUCUAACAUCUUGGACAAAUCCAAUGACAUGAAGCAGCUGAGAGAGCAGAUUCGCAAACUGGAUGAACGGCUGGAUUGUGGCAUGCAGGAGCUCGCCCGAGAGGAAGAUGGCUGGGCAGAAGAGGUGGAGUCGGUGGAGAACCACCGUAAGCUUCUUGAAAAGAAGGUUAACUAUGGUUACGAUGAGGCUGUGCAGCAAUUGAAGGCAGCUCAACAACAGUACCACCUGGUGCUGCAGGAGACCAAUGAGGAGAGGCGAACAGUCGCCAACAACCUUGCGUCUGUAUUUUCCACAGCAUACGACCACUUGUCAGUGACAGAGAAGUGUGUGGAGGAUCUGCACCGCAGAGUACAGCGUGUCUGCUCUAAGGCUGUGGAAGAGGAUGAGGCUGCUAUACAGAAGCUGCGGGAAACUCUGAAGAGCUUCAUGUCCAAGGCGAACAGUUUAUAAAGCGAGGGGGAGAUGAUUUCAGACACUAUAGAAGUGUUUCAGAUUUUACCCCUUUCUCCGCCAUUUGUGUAUUUAGUUUGUUUCCAACUUGGCAUAAAAUAAUCCGAGUUUAACUUCCAUUCUUUUUUCUUAACAGUUUACAUAACAAAAAUAAGUAGAAAGCUUGUUUUCCAUUAUCAAUUAUUCUGUUUUUAAUGACAACAGCAGUGUGUUUUUUGCAUCACCUUUGCAGUUUUGAAGCCCUGUUCUUUUAGUUAUCUGCUAUUUACAGACUGAUUUUCAUGUUUUUGUGUGUUUUUGUCAUUCUGUGUCCACACUUUCCUGUUUUUUAUUAUUCUCAAUAAACCUUCUCAUGCAAAAUAAAAAAA